AUGUAUUAAUUAAAGACAUCAAAAAGUGCAUUUUGCAUGAUAGGUCCCCUUUAAGUGAUUGUCAACCAAACUCUCUACUUCCAUUUUGAUAGAUUACUCGCCUGGUGGAGAUUAUUUUAAAAUGUUUUGUCCUGUAAAAGUCAGAGCUCAUAAAGUAGUGCACAUCUUUCAUAGCUUUUACAGCAGAUGUGGCAAGUAGCUGCGGGUGUGAAAAUAUUGCGCUUCUUUUAGCUAACAGUCAUUUCCUUUACAGCUAAAAGGAAAUUGCCUGUUUCAGGAAACAGACUGCUGUCUUGCAAAUGAACUCGCACCAUCAUGUCAGAGGAUCCAAGUAGAAUAACAGCCAUGGAGGUGGACACUGCGUUUAUCAAAUCCAAGAGGGGCAUCCUGAAAGUAGCAGAGAUGGUGACUCUGUUUGUGGCCUUUGUGUGUUUCGCUGUAGCCUCCAGACCAAAGUACAUUGCAGCCACAGUGCUGGAGUUUGUUAUCACUUCCCUUCUACUGCUGCUCUACCUGUUCAAACUCAACAAGAGGCUGACAUUCUUCUUCUGGUCUCUCAUUGAUGCUUUUAAUUCAGUGUUUGCAGCAGUCUACUUUAUUGUCUUGAGCCUGUUGGCGGCGACUACCUACACUGUCACAGGCACGCUGGUUGGAGGGAUAUUUGGUCUUGUCUUCGCUGGGCUGAUGUGUGUGGACAGCUUCGUACUUUUCAAGAACAUCACAUUCAACCAGUCAAGAAGUGAAAUGAAUACAGUAAACAAUGAACAUUAACAAUUCCAAAUGCUCUACAACUGAUACAUUUCCCCUGAGCUUACUGUACAAUGUGACUCGAAGUGUUGUAAACUGGCAUGUUUCAAACUCUGUAUUCCAAUGUAUUUUAUUGCAAUGUAUUUCUGAUUUGUGUUUGACGAUAUUUUUUUAUUUGACACAUAUCUCAAUAAGACACAAAUAUCAAUAUUCAAUUCAAUUACAAAAAUUAAGCCUUUUCUUUGCCUUCUGACAUCAGGAGUUGGAUAUUUCCACUGAAUGGCUGACGAUUGUGUUGUAUGUGUGCAGCUGGGGGGCAUCACAUUUCACAUCUGGAGAAAGCAGAUGUUGCGCUUGUUGGGAGCUCGCGCUGCGUUUCCGCGCUGUCAUUGUUUCCGUUUCCACCUCCGAGAAGCCUCACGCCUCCACAUAUCUUUUCUUUAGCUUUUGAUCCGUUACAUUGCGGGUUAGUUUGAACUCUCUGACUGUUGAGGAGAGUUGAUAUAUCUUUUUAUCCAACCAUGGGGGACAUCGAGACUCCCAGCUCGACUCACCCGCGCCAGACUGUCCUGCUGUCGGUCCUCCCGAGCAAAGAGUUCGCCUCCUCAAGGAAAGGAAUGCUGCUUAUUGCUGAAGUGGUAAGAAAUGGACCAGAGCGAUCUGAAACCACUGAUAUUCUUACUGUGCCAUGCCUUCGCCAAACGCGCCUAAAAGUCAAAUCGCGCCUCGUUUUGAUAGUUGGAUUUUCUCUUUUGUAAGAGAUAUGGCAGCCAUGACAAUGUGUUGCAUUAAUGCACAUUUGGAAAUAACUUUAACGGACUAUUUAACUGUCCUUUUGAAUAUGGGUCAGUCGGUUUUCGUCACAGGGUUUCUAAAGGGAAGAAUAGUGAGCAACUUUGAGGGACACUUCAGAAAGUUGGAAUACAGUUUUCUAUGGAUUAUGGAGACACUGAAGAUCACUGUAACCAUCUUCUCCAUUGAAAAUAGCCAUAUGUGCUGCUAGGGAUCAAGCUAGAUAACAGUAUAAACUUUUUUCCGACUCUGUUUGUUUAAUACAUUUAAUCAGCUAAUAAAAACAACUUCCAAAUUG